UCUGCACGGGCCGGGUGGGGGAGGGCUUAUGAGAGUGGUCAUUCUGGAAGGCGGUCCCAGAGCGUCCAAUUUGCACACAAACAGGGCCCCGGCUGGUUCAUGCGAGGAUAGACACCGUCCCAAGCUGAACUCCGUGUUACAAAUAAGGGGCUGCGCUCGUCCAAGUGGAGCAGAGUGAAGAACAGCACGGCUGAUAAUAUUAAGUAACAUAAUAGAGCAGAUAGCAUCUGGCGCGACCGCAUACGGACUGAGAGUACAUCUUCCAUUACAGGUGGCACUGUUGCUACAGGGAACCUGAGAUCUGACUUGCUUCUCCUGUCUCAAUGUAUGAGGAAGUUUCCAAGGCAAUGAGGGUGCAGCAGGAUGUAGCUAUGCUCCAUACGGUGGAGUCCACAGGAGAAAGAGAGGGAGUGCCUUUAUCCUUUCCAGAUGAUACCAUGUCUGUCUUGACCUCCAACAACCUGCUGGCACGCUCACUGCUGGGCCGUACGGCUGCAGUCAAGCGUAAAGAAAGUCCCUCGUCCAGCAUCCGACGCAAGCGUGAGUUCAUCCCGCUUGAAAAGAAAGAUGAAGGCUACUGGGAUAAAAGGAAGAAGAACAACGAGGCAGCAAAGCGUUCACGAGAAAAGCGACGUGUGAACGACAUGGUUUUGGAGAGUCGCGUGCUGGCCCUCCUGGAGGAGAACGCUCGCCUCAGGGCCGAGCUGUUGGCUCUCAAGUUUCGGUUUGGUCUGGUGAAAGACCCCUCCAAUGCGUCCAUUCUUCCACUCGCCGCAGUUCCUCCACACAAUCCGAGUGUGUCCUCCCACUAUUAUCUCCUCAACUCCUCAUCCUCACACACCAACAACCAGACAGGUCAGGCCUGUGUGCGAGGCUCCCGGGAUGGCGGCAACCUGUCAGAAGACUCGGGGUUCUCCACUCCAGGCGGGUCCAGUGUUGGGAGCCCUGUCUACUUUGAAGACCGGUUAAGUGACCAUGAGAAAUCCUCACCACACAGAGCAGAGGAAAUGACCUUGGACCUCUACCACUCACCUGCUGAUGCCCACCACACCAAGGCAGACCAAGCCGAGGCUAUGAAGAACCUACCCCAUAAGCUGCGUUUCAAGACCCCCGGAAACAGUGAGGUGUGCGAUGCGCUAGGGGAUCCCAGCAGUACUCGGCGCAGCCCUGCACCUCCUACAUCAGAGGGUCUGCGAGAGACCCCUAAAGGCCAUGAACUGCUUGGGUGCGAAACAGGAGAGGGCCACUCAGGCCCGUGGCUUCCUCUGCAGGGCGAUGGAGGCAGGAGGGGCAAACAGUCUCCCCAGUAUGUCACCUCACCUUCAAACUUCAGCCUGCAGUCUCCUGCUCAAGAAGACACAGAAGUCAAAUGUCAGCACGAAAACAAUUACCUGAAGUCUCAGCUGAGCUCUUUGAGCAAAGAGGUGGCUCAGUUGAAGAAACUUUUCACAGAGCAGCUCAUGGCCAAUGUCAACUAAUAAGCUCUCUUCAGAUUUUGUGAAAGAGUAUACUUUGCCCUUCGCACUGAAACCUCUAAAAAUGUGAUGUUUUGUUUUUUAAAGACUGUAUUUUUAGUAAUAAAUGUAUGUACAGUAUAUUUCUCUUGUCGUCUGCUGUCAAGGUUGCACGUCUCGUCAUUGAGAUUUCCAGUGUCAGUUUUGCCAAGGAUAUCGCAUAAUUGACAUAAAAAAAUGUGCAAUUGCCACAUUACCACAAGAGAGCUGUAAAGUAAUAGCUUCAUUGUUUUGGUCUGAUCACAAAAAGGAAAAUACUAUUGAAUUAUUUUCAAAUAACAGAGGACAGAAAAAUCCUCAAAUAGGUGAAUUUUGCUAAUGGUUACCGUAAUGGGCGAAGGUUGCCUGUACAUUUAUUUCAAUAUUCCAAUGCACUGUAACAACCAAAGACUGCAAAUAAUGUCACAACCUGAAAUAUUUUCAGCAAAAUAUUUGUAGUUUUGACUUCAUACGAAAAGGCGUUCUACUGUUGAGGUAUUUUAGGUUGGAAGGUAGCAGGCACGAAUUAAAUUGAGGUGAAAACUCAAAAACAUGGUGUUUCCUUCAAUGUAUUGGUUGAUGUUUAUCCACUCUUAGGUCUACUGUGUGUUUAUUUUCAGGAAAAGCCUCUAAUAGGGCACAGUUACUGCCUGUUGUCCUUUUCUCUGUUCGUGCUGAGUUUGAAUAGUGUCUGUAUAUUUUUAUUUCAACUAAAAUAAAACUAUGACAAGUCCGUA